GCGGCCGCCGUACAGAGAGGCAAGAGGCGUUUCAUUGAGAAUGCCGAUAAAUGGUGGCUCAGGCAGAGCAAACGCCUGACAGACACGUAACAAAUCCUGGGUCAUCCUUGAAUCGUCCCCGCUCUUGGGAAUCAGCAGACGGAUGUCGAGCUGUGCAGCAAGCUCCCGUAGGCAUUUCGCCGUAGGGUGCUCAGCAGGGGACAGGGUCGUCUCGAGAUCGGCACGAGGCCCUAUAAGGACUGGCGGCUUAUGGAGUUCAAAUCGAAGGGCGACAGUAUCGUCCUCGCCGGGCACCAGCUCUAGAAUGCGUUCAAGUCGUCGUAUGUGUUCGGGUGGGAUAUACACAUAAAGAUUAGUGUAUCUUCUCGAGUCCCGCUUGCGCAAGUUGAUACGCAGGCGGAACGAUGCAGUUCUUUCUUGCGUAUGACAUCUCACAACUAGCCGCAUAGCGAUGCUCUGGUGCCUGUUUGUCUCGUCUUGCGCAUCUGCAUCACCACUUGCAGCCCAGGAUAUUGUAGUGCGUGUCUCCAUAUAGAUCUCGUCCGGCUCGGCAGCGUGGUCAUUCUUAGAGGUGGCCGAUUGUAUACACUCGCGGUCUGGCCGGUCGUUCGGCUUAUCGCGUUCGCCCUGGGUAGUCCUAGAUUCCAUACCGAGGAUCGCACUAUUCUGGGUCAGCCAUCAUUCGCAUAACAGAGGCAGGACCAACAGGCCUUGAGGAUCUGAGGAAUGCGCCCUUGCACAAUGUCUGGCAAGAUUCCCACCCACCCAGGCUUCUUGCAGCAGCAGAGCAGCCUUGACUCGAGUGAUGCGGGGGUUUAACGAGGCUGUCAGUGCAACGCUUGACCCGUCCUUGUCCCGGUUCAACGCCAGCUCCAAAUGCGACAACAACAGCCGGCUGAAGCCACCUUCCCAGAGACCCAGGCGCUUUCACCGGCCGGAGGCGAUGAGUAGCAGUCCUGUCGCGGUGGUCUCGGUCAUGAGGAUAAGCAACGGCAUUUCAGGCAGCAAUCUGUCUAUACAUGCCAGCUCCUAACGCGACAACGAAAGGAUAAGCAACGGCAUCCCGAGCAGAAAUCUGUCUUUACAUGCCAGCUCCUAUGCGACAACAACAGCCGGCUGAAGCCACCUUCCCAGAGACCCAGGCGCUUUCACCGGCCGGAGGCGAUGAGUAGCAGUCCUGUCGCGGUGGUCUCGGUCAUGAGGAUAAGCAACGGCAUUUCAGGCAGCAAUCUGUCUAUACAUGCCAGCUCCUAACGCGACAACGAAAGGAUAAGCAACGGCAUUCCGGGCAGAAACCUGUCGGUUCAACGCCAGCUCCGACAGGAUCACCAGCGCCAUUCCAACAGAUCGGGUAACGUGCACAGCGCCUGCACUUACAAAAGUGCGUGAUCGUAGUGACAGAGGAAAAAUUCCGAUGUCUCGACAGGAUUAUUUAGGGGUGGAGAU